CACUCUGAACAGAGGAACCGACAACAUGUCCCGUCUCAUCGGAGGGAUCCUGCUCACUCUGUGGCUGCCUCAAACUGUUUUCUCGAGCCUUCACCCUGAAUGUGAGUUCAUAUUCGAGCUGGAGAGAGAGGAGCGUCUCUGCCUUCAGUUCAUCGCCGAGCAGAGCAACACCAGCUCAGAAGGUUGUCAGCCAUUCUGGGACGCUGUGGCCUGCUGGCCUCACGCAGCCGUGGGGGAAACCGUCGAGAGAGGAUGUCCUGCCGUCUUCUCCCUCUUCAGAAACAACACAGGUUACGCUACAGCAACAGUGAUAAAUGGAAUGUAA